GAGCGCUGCGCUGCGCCGGGCUGCGCAUCGCGGCCCACUUGCCGCCUGUCCCUUGCCCUGGCUGGGCCACCUCCCCGGGCUGCCGGUGGAGGGCUUCGAGGCGCUAACGUUACGCUGUUUCCGGUUUUCCAGAGGGCUCUGUUUCCCCUCCCAAGGCGGCGGCGGCUGAGCGGCGGAGCCCCCCAAAUGGCCUGGCCAGAUGCGGCAGGUUUGCUGCUCAGCGCUGCCGCCGCCACUGGAGAAGGCUCGGUGCAGCAUCUACAGCUACAGCUACAGCAGCAGCAGCAACAGCAGCAGCAGCAGAAGCAGCAGCAGCAACAGCAGAAGCAGCAGCAGCAGCGAGAGCGGCGGCAGCAACAGCAACAGCGGCAGCAGCAUCUCCCGUCCCGCUGCGCCCCCAGAGCCGCGGCCGCAGCCGCAGCCGCAGCUCCGCAGCCCCGCAGCCCCGAGAGCCGCCGCCCGCUCGCGAGCCGCAGCCGCCGGCGGCAUGAGGCGCGACCCGGCCCCCGGCUUCUCGAUGCUGCUCUUCGGUGUGUCGCUCGCCUGCUACUCGCCCAGCCUCAAGUCGGUGCAGGACCAGGCGUACAAGGCACCCGUGGUGGUGGAGGGCAAGGUACAGGGACUGGCCCCGGCAGGCGGCUCCAGCUCUAACAGCACCCGCGAGCCGCCCGCCUCGGGUCGGGUGGCGCUGGUGAAGGUGCUGGACAAGUGGCCGCUCCGGAGCGGGGGGCUGCAGCGCGAGCAGGUGAUCAGCGUGGGCUCCUGUGUGCCGCUCGAAAGGAACCAGCGCUACAUCUUUUUCUUGGAGCCCACUGAGCAGCCCUUAGUUUUUAAGACGGCCUUUGCCCCGGUCGACCCUAACGGCAAAAACAUCAAGAAAGAGGUGGGCAAGAUCCUGUGCACUGACUGCGCUACCCGGCCCAAGCUGAAGAAGAUGAAGAGCCAGACGGGAGAGGUGGGUGAGAAGCAGUCGCUGAAGUGCGAAGCGGCAGCAGGGAACCCCCAGCCCUCCUACCGUUGGUUCAAGGAUGGCAAGGAGCUCAACCGCAGUCGUGAUAUUCGCAUCAAGUACGGCAAUGGCAGAAAGAACUCCCGACUGCAGUUCAACAAAGUGAAGGUGGAGGAUGCGGGGGAGUAUGUCUGCGAGGCGGAGAACAUCCUUGGGAAGGACACCGUGCGGGGCCGGCUCCACGUUAACAGCGUGAGCACCACUCUGUCGUCAUGGUCGGGACAUGCCCGGAAGUGCAACGAGACAGCCAAGUCCUACUGUGUGAAUGGAGGUGUGUGCUACUACAUCGAGGGCAUCAACCAGCUCUCCUGCAAGUGUCCUGUGGGAUACACCGGGGCCAGGUGUCAGCAGUUCGCAAUGGUCAACUUCUCCAAGCACCUUGGAUUUGAGUUAAAGGAGGCUGAGGAGCUGUACCAGAAGAGAGUCCUGACAAUUACUGGCAUCUGUGUGGCUCUGCUGGUCGUGGGCAUCGUCUGUGUGGUCGCCUACUGCAAGACCAAAAAACAGCGGAGACAGAUGCAUAACCAUCUCCGGCAGAACAUGUGUCCAGCCCACCAGAACCGGAGCCUGGCCAAUGGGCCCAGCCACCCUCGGCUGGACCCUGAGGAGAUCCAGAUGGCUGAUUACAUCUCCAAAAAUGUGCCCACCACAGACCAUGUGAUCCGGAGGGAAACUGAGACCACAUUCUCUGGGAGCCACUCCUGCUCACCUUCUCACCACUGCUCCACAGCCACGCCCACCUCCAGCCACAGACAUGAGAGCCACACGUGGAGCCUGGAACGUUCGGAGAGCCUGACCUCGGAUUCCCAGUCAGGCAUCAUGCUGUCAUCAGUGGGCACCAGCAAGUGCAACAGCCCAGCCUGUGUGGAGGCGCGAGCACGGAGGGCAGCGGCCUACAGCCAGGAGGAGCGGCGCAGGGCUGCCAUGCCACCCUACCACGACUCCAUAGACUCCCUGCGUGACUCUCCGCACAGUGAGAGGUACGUGUCGGCCCUGACCACGCCCGCGCGCCUCUCGCCCGUGGACUUCCACUACUCGCUGGCCACGCAGGUGCCGACCUUCGAGAUCACGUCGCCCAACUCUGCGCAUGCCGUGUCGCUGCCGCCCGCCGCGCCCAUCAGCUACCGCCUGGCGGAGCAGCAGCCGCUCCUGCGGCACCCGGCGCCGCCGGGCCCUGGGCCGGGGUCCGGCGCGGACAUGCAGCGCAGCUACGACAGCUACUACUACCCCGCGGCGGGGCCCGGACCGCGGCGCAGCGCCUGCGCGCUGGGCGGCAGCUUGGGCAGCCUCCCCGCCAGCCCCUUCCGCAUCCCGGAGGACGACGAGUACGAGACCACGCAGGAGUGCGCGCCCCCGCCGCCGCCGCGGCCACGCACGCGCGGCGCGUCCCGCAGGACGUCAGCGGGGCCGCGGCGCUGGCGGCGCUCGCGCCUCAACGGGCUGGCGGCGCAGCGCGCACGCGCGGCGCGGGACUCGCUGUCGUUGAGCAGCGGCUCGGGCUGUGGCUCGGUGUCGGCCUCGGACGACGAGGCGGACGACGCGGACGGGGCGCUGGCGGGCGAGAGCACGCCUUUCCUCGGCCUGCGGGCGGCGCACGACGCGCUGCGCUCGGACUCGCCGCCGCUGUGUCCGGCGGCCGACAGCAGGACUUACUACUCCCUGGACAGCCACAGCACGUGCGCCAGCAGCAGACACAGCCGUGGGCCGCCCACGAGGGCCAAGCAGGACUCGGGGCCCCUCUAGGCGCCCCCCGCCUCGCCCGCCCCACGUCUCCAAGGAGAGCGGAGACCACCGACUGGAGAGGGAAUAGGAGCGAACAAAGAAAUAAAAAUAUUUUUAUUUUCUAUAAAAAGGAAAAAAGUAUAACAAAAUGUUUUAUUUUCAUUUUAGCAAAAAAUUGUCUUAUAAUACUAGCUAACGGCAAAGACGUUUUUAUAGGGAAACUAUUUAUAUGUAACAUCCUGAUUUACAGCUUCGGAAAAAAAAAGAAACAACAAAAAAAAGAGAGAUGGGCCAAUUUUUUGACUCUUUAAUAGAAACCUAUAUUGUGGUGCCUUUUGCUGUAUGCUAAUCUGGGGCUCCUGGAGAGUCGUCUGGGGUGCAGGGUGGGGAUGGGCGCUUGUAGGAUCCCAAACCGGUGAGGGUGAGAAAAGGCAGGGAAAGAAGAGACCGAGGUUCUACUGGCCCUGAGAGUAGUGGACAGUGAGGAAGAAAAUGGAGACAAGGCAGAAUUUGAUCUUCCCCUGUUCAAAUCUGGAAUCUCGGGCAGAGAGGGCAGGAAUCCUUGCCUAGAGCUGGAAUUGAGGUCGGGUUACUUCCAGGGGGAGACAUAGCCCCCCAACUACAGCAACUAGAAUGGGGAGGGGUCCUCCCCGCUCCUCAAGGCUGCUAAGGGAAAGAGGACGGAGAAGGCGGUCUCCCCACCAGCCCCCGGCCUAGGGAGGGGCAGCACUACCAGGGGCCCAACCUUCAUAGCUCCUCCUCCUGCGGCCUCCAGGGUACUCUGUCCUCUGCAGCACCUUCGUUUACAGGUCGUCUUUUCUAUUUUACGCCUGCAUGUCCUUUGCAUUUCAGAUUCUUUAGAUUGAAUGCAUGGUCACGCUGGGACCCAGAAGAGCCACUCCGACAGUGUAUUCGAUUCCCCUUUUAGCAAUAAAGUAACACCAUGUCCUUCUCACAGCCCAGCUCCCAACCCACCUAUGACUUCAUCCUCCAAUCCUGCCCUCCCCUACCCUCACAACUGGAUCCAAUGCUAAUUUGUCAAAAAAAGGCAAUUGUCUAAAAAGGAAACAAACAAACAAAGUCCCAAACAGGAACAGAUGGGAACCCUGACAUGUCCAAACACCUGACUGUUGACACUUGAACAUUUUUAUAUUAUAAAUAAAAUCAGAAAUAACUCCUGUUUGACUGUGUGUACCUGGCCCAGCUGAGGAGGGAAGACAGGAGGAGGAUCUGGGCCCUGUGGGUACUGGAAUAGAUUGGA